AUGACCAAGUUACGGGUCUUGUGUCUGCACGGCUACCGUCAAGAUGGACUAAAACUCCGUGGUCGCAUUGCUGCGUUACGCAGGACGUUCAAGUCCAGUGUAGACUUUGUAUGUCUAGAUGCGCCGUUCACUGUGCCGUACGAACCCACAUCCAUAGGUCAUGCCAACAGCGGCGAAACCUCUGGAGUGAAGGUGAAGCAGUUGAAGUGGUUCGACUAUAGUCGUGAUGAAGCGUUCGGGGCCGAGCGGCUUGAACGGGUGGAAGAAGCCAUCGAGUAUGUUGCCAAUUGUGUGAAGCAGCAAGGACCUUUUGAUGGCAUUUUCGGAUUCAGUCAAGGGGGGACUCUUGUCUCAUUGAUCAUGCAAGAACAAGUCAACACUCGUGGUUCGCCAUUUUCAUUCCGCUUUGCGUUUUUCGUCUCAGCUGGAGCUUCCAGUGAUCCAAAGUACGCGAACAACGGGAAGAUCGACUUGCCAUCGCUCCAUGUCAUUGGCGAGUCGGAUGCCGUGGUGGACAACGCACGGAGUCUUGCUCUCAAAAAUCUUUUCACUGAUGCAAAGCUGCUGAUGCAUCCCGGAGGCCACUACAUUCCAACGAACAAGGAGCCGAAAGACGCGUUUCGAGCUUUCUUCAACAAUCUCCGAGACGCUAACGGGACAAAGCAGUAG